GGCUCCGAACGACGACCGCCUCCGCGGCCAUGGCUCCCCUCAGCCGCUUUUUAGCCAUCGUGCCGUCGAGCACGAGGUCCUACUCUGUCUUCACCAAGUCCGGCGGUGGAGGGCGCUUUUUCAACUCGGCGAAACCUCCCGUGGCCAACACCGUGAAGGCCACGACGUCCAAGCCCGAGCUGAGCCCGAGCCCGACAGCCGCGCCGGAAGGAUCCCAGGACGAGUCCGCCACGCAGGCGUCGUCUGCGUCUGCGUCGGAGACGCCGCUGGGUACUCCAAGCUUCUCGUUGGCGCCCUUCACCCCGCAACACCUCGUUCCUUUCGAGCCACGAACUCUUGUUCAUCCGUCCAUCACUCCCCAAGACCUCAAACUACACCAAUUCUUCUCACUCGAUCGCCCGCUCCUCCAAGUCUCCGAACAUGUCGGUUCUCUGUUCGAAUCGCCACCGGAGGCCGCACUUUCGUCCUUCCCGCAUCCACCUCCCGCACCAACGCCAAGUUCGAUUUUGUCUAGCUUGGACGCUCAGAACGCUUUCUACGAAGGCCACGAGCUGUCACCUGAAGCCGAUGCAGAUACCGCUCGGCAACUCGCACGGGCGAUGGUGAUGAGCAACGUGGCGAGCACCGUUGCAUGGGAGGAGGCGCUCAAGAAACUGGGACUCGAUCUGUCCGCCACACGAGAAGGACCGAACGAGGCUGAUCUCGAGAACUACGGCAUCUAUUUGGACAGCACGAAGCGGAAGAGGAGGUCGAAGAUGAAGAAACACAAGUUGAAGAAGCGACGAAGGGCACUCCGCGCUUCGAGACAACGCGGUGGUUGAGGAAGUAAUUAUGUCGGAGUUGAAGAUAGUGUAUCUGCACGGGUCGGGAGUUGCCAUUCGCUGAUCCUCAGCACGAAACGCUGCGGAAUCUACCAUACAAUGCAUCAUCGACAACUAUAUUAAUUCUAGCGUCGCUCCCGUGGAUCUAUACAUAUCUCAUCCUGUGUGAUAGUGUCAACUGAAAUACCCGCGUCCGGUCAGGAGACUGCACUUAC